GCGCUUGAAGAAAUCAUUCAUCUCAUAUUGUGGCCUCGGCCUCGUUAGCUUAGCAGGAGGAAAGUAACGUUAAUUAAAGGCAAAUCGCCGAAGACCUGCGCCUUAUCAGCGACACAACGUAACGUAGGUUUAGGGAAAAACUCCGCUGUUUACUGAAUCGUAAUCGACGCCUUUUAAAAUAAUGGGACUACUUUUUACCAGACUGAUGGCUGUGUUCGGUGACAGAGAGCACAAAGUGAUCAUUGUGGGUUUGGAUAAUGCUGGGAAGACAACAAUUCUCUACCAGUUUUUGACCAAAGAGGCUGUGCACACCACUCCCACUAUUGGCAGCAAUGUGGAGGAAAUUAAUGUAAAAAAAACACGCUUCCUUGUUUGGGACAUUGGGGGCCAGGAGACCCUCAGAGCCAGCUGGAGCACCUACUACUGCAAUACAGAGAUAGUGAUCCUUGUGGUUGACAGUACAGAUCGGGAGCGUUUGACUCUUACCAAAGAAGAGCUUCAUCGAAUGCUUGCACAUGAAGAUCUGCAGAAUGCCUCAGUGCUGGUGUUGGCCAAUAAGCAGGACAUGAAGGACAGCAUGACAGCAGCAGAAAUUUCCCGCAGUCUUACCCUUAGUUCAUUAACAGCUCGCUCAUGGCACAUCCAGGCCUGUUGCGCACUCACUGGAGAGGGUUUACCAGCGAGUUUGGACUGGAUGCAUUCUCGGGUGUUGGCAAACUAGUCCAGCAAUGAUUUGUCAUUACUUUCUGGAGCCAGAGAGAAUAAGCCAGGCCUGCCUUUGCCCUUGCCUAGCCCACAGUGCAUCAGUCUGGAGUGGAAACAACUCAGAGCCCCCUUCAAACACAACAGACUGGAGGCACCAAAUGCCACAAGCUUUCUUCCCAGGAGAGGAUAAAACUUUGGACAUAUAAGUGGCCACAUGGGCAUGUGUGUGUGUAUAUCCACUUGCGUGUGUGUGUGUAUUAUGUGACUCCGUUUUAGAGGUCCAUACUGUUUACACUGCAAACGAUCUGUGUUGAUCAGGGCAGGAGAAUUCUGCUCUGAUAUGCUGAACUCCGAUUGAACAGUGUCUUCUGGCCUGUGGCACCACAGUUGCUGGGAGCAAGGGUCACUGCCUAAAGACAGCCUAUUCGUGGGUGGAAUCUAGUCAUAUGGUUGUUCAGAGAGGUGCUCAGCCUUUAAGCUACUAAGGAAUUACUUGAAAUAUUUAAAUGGACCUUAUUUGUUUCUGUUGGACAAAUAUAAAUCCUGUGCAUGCUGUAAUGAAAGAAGUAUUGUAAUUCUGAAAGCAGGCCAAUUAUUCAGGUUAUGUUUUCUUUUUUUUUCACAUUUUUAUACAAAUAAAAGUUAUUGAAAAAAUGUUGUCACUUUGGAAAUGCUUCUUAUUGAUAAAGUGCAUAAGUGAUAGUUUCUUUAGUCUGUCCAUUUAUACAUAACUAAGAGAUAGCAAACUUUUAUCUCGAUGUAACAUUGAAUUGUUUCAGUUUUGGUCUUAAAACAAUCUGUGGAGUCAUAAAUAAAUGAUCAAAAAAACCUUGACUUUUUGCAAAGAACAGCCAAUAAGACACCAAUGAAUCUGUUUGGCCUGACCUUUUCUGACUUAGGAGGCUAUAGAUUCUUCAGUUUUUAGGUGAUUCUGAUAAAUCGGGGUAAACUUGUACACUACUAUUUUCUGAGGAAGCAUUCAAAGUUUCAUUUAAAUUGAUUGUCAUAAGCACCAUACAUACAAAUACUUAAACUAGUGCGUAAUUAUUAAAAUGUCAUAUUCUUUUAUGAAUGAAAUAAAGAAAAGAUAAUGGUUUCAAAUUACACAUCUUAUUAACAUCUAAAACAUUGCAAUUACAUCUAUGUUCCAAAAAUGUGGAAAUUUGACGUAAACCCAGGAUGGCCACAUAAUUAAUAAGGGUAAUAUCUUUUCUGCCCAGCAGAG